AUUCCUUGCGCCGAUUGCACCCCCACUUCUGCUUUCUUUCCGAGUUUUUUUUCUCGGCAAACUGCGAUACAACCGGCUCCGCAGACACGAAUCUUUUCUGGAGGAGUCUGGAGAAGCUACCCCGUCGCUUCGGACAGUCCCCCUCGCAGCAACUGCCCCUUCGUUUCCGCUUUUGACAACUCCUCCCCCCAAGACCUGUCUCCCGUGCCGUGUUCGUUUCGCGAGUUUAUCUCUCCUUCCUGCCAAGUCUGUUUCUAAAUAAAUGCGUCUUUUCCGCGAAAGCCUCCGCCUCCACGUCUACAACCCUGCAGGUCUUUUUCGGGAGGCUAAAAUGCUGUAGCGGAGCUCCUGCGGCGCCAGGCCCUCUUCUUCAACAGUCGCGCGUUUCUCGUGUACGAAGAACAGUUGAUCUUUUCAGGAUUUUUUUCAGCGGCCGCAGCCUCCGUCUCUCGUCUCAGUGAGAUUUCCCGUUUUAGAAAAUGGCGAACGCUACGGAGAAAGCCAGCCCUGCGGGCAAGAAGGACCACAAGGAGAAACUCGCUCCCGUCCCGAAGCCGAACGACAAAGAAUUCAAGGACCGCAUCGAGGCCGAAACGAGAGCGAUCGAUGAGUUGAAGGCGAAAAUCAACGACUUGCAGCAGCGUAUCACUUCCGUCGUCGGCGGCCGAGACGAAUACAACCGGAAGAAGCAGGAAAUGCGCUCGCGGCUGGACGAGCUGCAGGCGCAAAUGGACAAGUACGAAGCAGAGAGAAAGAGGCUGACUGAGGCGAUCGACUCCCGACAGAAGGAAGGCUGGGAAAUGAAGCAGAACGUCCAAGACAUGAAGCGAAAGCUGGGCUUCUCUUCGACAGAGGAGAUCGACAAGCGGAUCGCUGCCCUGGAACAUUCGAUGAUGACGAGCACCUUGACUCUGAAGGAAGAGAAGAAACUUCUCGACCAAAUCAAGCAGCUGAAACACAACAAGCCUCUCGUCGGCAAAUUCGCAGGUCUCGAGGCGGGCGCCAGCUCCUUCGAGGAAACCUCCGUCUAUCCUCUGCGCGCGAUGCUGGACGAGGCACGCACCAAGUUGCUGGAACUGCGAGCGCUGAAACGUGAAGAGCAAGAAAAAUAUUUCGCUCUGGUCAAACAGCGACAAGAGGCCACUGCUCCCGGCCGCGAACUGAUCGAAGAGCGCGACCGACUCUCCAAGCAGAUGAGUGAACACAUGAUCAAGCGUCGGGAGAUUCAGGACGAGUAUAAGAAGGAAAACUGGAAGUACCAGGCCUUCCUUGCUCAGCAGCGACAGGAGAGGAAUGAGAAAAUGAGGGAAGAGCGCGCGCGUCGUCAGAUUGAGCAGGAGCGAGCAAACUUGGAGAGACAGCUGGAGAUGGUGGAUGAGGAACCUGUCGAUGGAGAGUUGAUUCUCCUCACCCAGACCAUCGCGUACGUCCAGAAAAUCAUGGACGAACACAACCAGACCCAAGACGGCAGUCCCGGAACUGAGCAGAAGAAGACCCCCGAGGCGCCCAAGGGCGACGGCAUGGCGCUCUUGCCGAAGAGCCAGCGCGAGGAAGAGUAUUUCUUCGCGCCCAAGGGUGGAAAGAAGAAGACCGAAGGCGGGAAGAAGGCGAAGCCGAAGAACAUCAAACACGACAUCGGCACGCUGCUCUACUUUGAGCAGUGCGGGGUUGCGGCGCCUGUCUGUGAAGGAGAUCUGGAGCCAUGCAUGAAGACACUGGAGGAGAAGCUGGCGGCAGCAAAGGAGUUGCAGGCGACGAAGGCUGCACGCGUCGAAGCUCGGCGUCAAGAACUUCAGAGAGAGUUGGAGGCGAUCGACGCGCGCGUCGCGGGCGUCUCUGAGAAACGGGAGGCCGAGAGCGAAGACGCAGAAGACACGGAGGAGUAGAGAACGAGCAAAGCGCUGCAGAGUGAAGACACACUCUUCUCGGCCACAGCUUCGCGACGCAGAAGAGGGUGAACUCUGUUUUGAAACGCGCACGAGGGAGGAAACCUGAAGCAGUGAGGAGAGGGGACCAUGGAGAGUUUUAAGGUUCGCUUGGGAGCGAAGAGACGCACUGCAAAGGAGAGGUGCUCAGUUGCCAAGGAGGCCGCGGAGACGGUCUUCCCUUCUCCCUGGCGUGCGUCACCAUGAAAGAGAAAGACAUGCAGCGAGCUAAUUGUUGUGCGAGAGAGUUCUGCUUUUUGCCAGCAACAUUUGCCUCGGACUUCUCGCCUCCUGUUUGUUCUGGUGUCUGCGGACUAAUGAAUCCUUUUCUGUCUCCACACAAGCGACUCUUCUCGCCGCAGAGCGAGUCUCGCCCAGAGGCUCCGGUGGCGGGAGGCCUUACGCAGCAGACACUCGACACGGAGACACCCUACACUUUCGCAGAAGCUUGUCCAGACACUAAGUGAAUGCAUGUCUGGGGGGGGGGGGUUUCCCCUCUUGACAACCGCCUAGCACUUGAAACGACGAGCUGCCCUUUUUGAGUCUUUGGGAUUCGACCUGAUUCUUCUUUUCGCGUCUGGUGCGCGUGCCUCCCAUAGGAUUUUUAAUUUGUUUCAGUCCUGAAAAGACUCCUUUCCAUGCGAUUAAAAGCUUAGAAA